AUUUUUAUUAUUAUUAUAGGUACCUACGUGAGUACAUAAUUACUUAUUUCAUUAUGCGCUAGUAAGUAGUGAUUGUAGGACAUUUUGCGUACUGGUAUAUCACACGUAUUAUAAUAACCUAGUAGGCAGUAUAAUAUAAUUACACUUAAGUCGUAAUUCGUAAUCAAAAUUUUAAGUAGUGRUCGACAAUCGAAAAACGCACCGAAUCAUUUCAAUAACAAUUUURUUUUAUUUAUCCGAUAAAUAAAUAAGAUACAAGAGCUUAAACAUGCAAAUCGCGACUAAGCGAUUUUGAAGGCAGACGUGACAUGAAAAUAAUAUUAAAUUAAAAUAAUUAGAUAGACAUUUUCGCCAUCACCGGCAUCCAGGCAGCCAGACGUGGGUAUAAAGAGGAAAGGGGAAGGAGCCAUUCAUCAUUCAUGAUUCAAAAUCGUAUACACWCAUCAAUAUAUCAUAAAAUGGCUGCAAGUUUAAAUCCAUGUGUAUCACUUCCAAUUAGUUUGGAUGAAAAUGAUUUUAAAGAUCUUGUACAGAAGGUUAAAGAUUGGACCAUCAUGCACGGUGGUGGUAUGAGGUCUAAAACACAAUACUCCAAUGAUUCCCUAACUGUGGUGCCAUUUACACUUUUACCAUCGGUGUUCCCACGAUCUGAAUUCCAAAAAGCAGUUGCAAUACAACCAGCGCUGAAUGAGCUUACGCAYCGAGUAUCUAAUGAUCAUGCAUUUUUAUACUCUUGUUUAGAAAAAACGAUAGAAGUUGAUGAAUUUACGCGUAAUUUAUAUAAAUUAUAUGAAACUAUGCGCAAUGAAGGUUUCACUCAGCGCUUGAGCCUUGGAAUAUUGCGCUCAGACAUCAUGCAGGAAAAGGAAGCAAGCGAUGAUUGCAUCAAACAAGUUGAAAUGAACACAAUUGCUAGCGGAUUUGGUUGGCUUGGUAUCGUUUCCGKGGACAUUCACAGAUUUAUUUUCUCGAGAGUUAACCUGCUGAAUAAUUUAGGUUGAUUACCCAAGAAUAAUGCAUUACAAGGUCUGACUUCAGCGAUCAUUAAAGCUUGGGAACUGUUCAAUGAAAAAGAUUCAGUUAUCUUGGUGAUUGUCGAAAAUCAACCGAUGAAUAUCUGUGACCAGCGUUUUCACCAAUUCGAAAUCGCUCGCCAAAGACCAGAAGUCAAAGUCAUCGUCAAGACGCUGACGCAAAUAUYCAAUGAAGCGAAGCUAUCAGAUUCCAAAGGCCUAUUAAUCCAAGGGAAAAAGGUCGCUGUCGUGUACUACAGGGCCGGUUAUUCACCUGAUCAUUAUUUUGGUCAGGCCGAAUGGUCAGCACGCUUAAUGAUUGAACGUUCGACAGCUAUCAAAUGUCCGAACAUACAAUAUCAUUUGGCAGGAACUAAAAAAGUACAACAAGCAUUAGCAACUCCAGGAACUCUAGAACGUUUUGUUAAAGACGCCAAGAAAGCUGCAGAAAUCCGAAAAGUGUUCACAGGAUUAUACGCACUGGACUUGGACGAAAAUGGUGACAAAGCUGUCAAAAUGGCUUUGGAUGCUCCUGAUCGGUUUGUGAUGAAACCUCAAAGAGAAGGCGGAGGAAAUAAUUUGUAUGGAGAGGAUAUCAGAAAAAAACUCAUGAGCUGUAUGAAUAGUAAAGAACGAUCAGCUUGGAUUCUGAUGGAUAAAAUAAAUCCUCCCGUCCAAAAAAAUUAUCUAAUUAGACCAAAUCAGGAUUUCGAUAAAAACUCUGCAUUAUGUGAAGUAAUUUCUGAGAUGGGCAUUUUUGGUACCAUAUUAUGUUUAACAUACAAGACUGAUACCAAAAUUUCACUUAAUAAAUUACUUACAUAG